AUCCGGAGCGCCACCGCCAUAACGUCUCGUCACAGGCUCGAGCAAAAAAAAAUCUCACGUCCUCUGCCGUCUUUUCUUGGUUCGUCGCGCGAGAGAGAUGAAGUCCGUGUCGAUCCGUUCUUGCUCGUCCCCUAUGCUCGCGGGCGCCGGGGCGCCGUCGCGGCUCGCUCCGACGGUGCGCUGCUCCUCCUCCUCCUCCUCGUCCUCGUCCUCCAGGAGCAACGCGUACAUACCGAAGCUCGAGCCUUUCAGCAGGAGCAGGCUCGAGCGCGGCCUCAGAGAGCCCCCCUUAAUCCAAAAGUGCGAGAACGAACUUGCUGAUUAUUGUUCGACGCUCGAAGGAGACAGGUCGUACAGCUGUUGGAGAGCUUACUUCGAACUGAAGGACCUCGAGAAGGAGUCGCCUAAAGAAGAAGUUGAGAAGCUAAUCAUUCAAGCAGGGGGUGUGAAAUCCUUGAUCGGGUGCCUCCACGGUAUAGCAGAAAUCCAUAAGGCUAAGAAGGACGGAGUUGCUGGGGCGAAGCCAUCGAGCUCUGAGAAAGGAAUGGAGAAGCACUGUCCCAUACCGGAUGGAUUGCCGAAGUCGCUGGAAGAAUUGGAGGAAGAAGAGAUGGGGAGAAUGCCCGAUUCGCCCUACACGAGAUUGCUCAGGAGCAAGGGCAGAUUUCCUGCUUGGUAUUCGCCUGCCCCAGACCACGAAACCGAUUAGAGCAGCGAAUCCUUUUUAAAAAAUGAUUUUGUGCAAGUUUGAGCUAAAGUUUCCGGUUAGUGUGGAUAUAUGGAAUGUGUUGCUGAUAAGAGUGAGGAGUUUUGUUCUAGGUAAAUAGUGGUGGGGUGGUAGCUGGGAAGGUGAUGGUGAUUGAGGCUGCCGUCUGUGUAAAUAUGGAUCAUAUAAGAGUUGUGCAUUGGCAUCGUCUCUCCCAACAUCUACCAGGUUGGCUUGUCGCGGCCGGAAAAUAACUCUUCCGGCUGCAAUUCUCCAAUUCAGGAGAUCUGUUGGGAAGAUGCAGCAUUGUAAACUAUCUGAUUCAACUUAUUUCACUGCGGUAUGAUCUAUGUUGAAGUAA